AUGCUGGGGGCUGAGUUCUCCACUGCUCCCCACUGUGGGCGUCACACUGCUGGGAAAGAAACAGGGGAACAGCUGGAGCGAGGCAGGAACCUUGGCAGCAGAGCAUGGUGUCAGAACCCGAUUUGGCGAAGCAGAGUUCCGUCGGUAGUUACAUCAGGAGUGCCAGGUCCUUUUGAGCUGCCAAAAGAGAAAGACUGCCUAACUGAGUCAGCCUUAGAAAGGUACCUGGCCAUCUCUUUUGCAUCCUGCAAGUACCCCCAACAGAUCCCACCUUCACUGUCACCUUUAAUACAUUUGGUCUCUGGGCUAUGGUAUCUUCUGCCCUUUGGGAAAGCUUGGACAGGGAAAAAUAAUGAAAUAAAUUUAUUAAGAAGGGAGGGGCUAGAGACCUCAUUGUAUGUUAGGGUUGGGAAUAUUAAGAUCAUUUGCAAAAUAACCAGCCCCAGCCAUCUCCUGGGAGGCCAAGCGGUGCGUCUCCGCCCGCUGAAGUUCGCGCCUAGAAAUAUCCGCUCACGUCCCCAGGAGCGCAAGAGAGGCUCUCAGCACAGCGGGAGACUGUUCCUAUUGGGAGCCCGGAUUACACCAGCUCCUUGGCGCGCGUUUCUUCUGAGCUGGGGAAGGCGAGGUCGGACCCCGGAGCUGGCGCCCACGGCGAGGCACCCUUGCGCGGUCAGGAGGAGACCGGAGGUGGGACCCGGGCGGCGCGCCUCGUCCGCCAGAGGCAACCCACGCCGAGAGCGCACGGCCACCGAACGCCGGCGCCUCCAGCAUGGAGUGGGAGCUCAACUUUCUGCUCUAUCUGGCGCUCUUCUUCUUCCUGCUCUUCUUACUUUUUCUCCUGCUCUUUGUGGUCAUCAAGCAGCUGAAGAACUCUGUGGCCAGCACCGCCGGGGCCCUCCAGCCCGGGCGCCUCUCGCUGCGCCGGGAGCCUUGGGGUUUCUCCCAGGAGCAAGCGGUGUAAUCAGCACUGCGCGGCAACCGGCUGGAGGGCAUGGAGCUGUGCGGGAGCCGAGCUGGGACUCGGCCUCGAUUCUCCCGCCGCACGGCUGCCGGGGUUCUAGGGCCAGGCUUGGCUGCCUCGUUGGCAGAUGCUUUUUCCUCGAUUUACGCCAUCACAAGUCCUGGAGCACCGCAUCGGGCUGGUGCGCGGAGGAUCGCAGCUUCAGUUACAGGCGGCUAACGGGGAACCCUGCACGGAGGGGCUGGAACAACCGGAGAUGGAAGUUUUCUGCGAUGCAGUACCACUGGUGUACAAAGAUUUAAACCACUCUGACUCUUCCAGACAGGAAACUAUAGAGAACGCAAGGUGAGUAGUUUGCUGCCAUCCCACUGUUAAGCCAAUCUCUUUGCUGGUUCUACUGACUCAGUUUCGUACGAACAGAGUGGUUGCCUUUCUAUCUUGUGGCCGGUGCCAUUUUAUAACCUCCCCAGAAUCUAAUUCAUUCAUUAUUAAGUUCCCAUUUAUCCAGGCAAAAAUGAAUAUUUAUUCCUAUUACCCAAUUUCCUCCUGGAACUUGGCCCUAAACUGUGAGAAUGAAGGGUUCUCACAUUUGCUAUCAGAACUUGGUGCUUUUGAUCUCCUGCUUUGCAUUUCUUUGUUGGAGAUCUUGCUUUUGAAACUUGGAUACUUGCAUAUAAGCUGCCUUGUUUUAUUCAUUUAUUCAAUCAUCAUUUUUCAAAACCCAGCAUAGACCCAUCUCCCACAUUAGAACUACUUUUGAACUCACAUUACUUACAUUUUUUGCUACUUGUACACAUUUUUUUAACUGAAGUAUAAUCAGUUAUAAUGUAUCAUUUUUUGUAUACAGAGAACAAUGUCCCAGUCAUGUAUAUACAUACACAUAUAUUCAUUUUUAUAUUCUU